UCUUCCAGUCUAGUCGCUUUCGGCUCUCCGUGGCCAGUUUCACCUGCACUUACCUACUGUUUGGGACUUUACACACCUCUUUUAAAACAGGACUGAUCUAUCUGCAGGACAUAUCUUUCUACAAUCCGGACAGAUUCCACUCAUCAUUAGUUGAACUCCUGAGAGGAAUCCACAGCCCCUGGCACACUCUUUGUCACAAUGAAUUGUGUUUCUUUCCUGUUGCUGACUUUCCUGAGCGCCGACACGCUUCUCCAAGUGUGGGGUACAGAAAAUGUGACUGCUUUGUACGGAGAGACCAUUGUUAUUCCAUGCAAUGGUGGAGCACCAGUUCCAGAGGAUAUCAUAUUUGUCAAGUGGAAAUACGAUAAAGAUGAUGGCACACCUGGCGAUCUGUUGAUCAAACAGGCCAGCAACGAGCAGGCCACAGUUCAGGCCACAGAUGAUUAUGCCCAGCGGGUUAGCAUCAAUGACAAGUUCAGCCUGCUCAUCACUCAGGCCUCCCUCAAAGACCAAAAGGAAUUCACCUGCAUGAUGGUGUCAGUCACCAACCUCAAGGAGUACUCCAUUUCUGUUUUUGUUUACAAGAAACCCUCUUCAGUUCAGAUUAUGGACAAGUCUAAAGCACUGCAGAAGGACAAACCAACAACGGUGGGAACUUGUGUUGCAGCAGAUGCAAACCCUCCAGCUACAAUCACAUGGGAGAAGAAUGGAAAGCCCCUGACAGCCAAUGGGAAAGCCGUUGUGAUCACCCCCAGCAUGAAGUUGGAUCCAGCCUCAGGCCUAUCCACCACCUCCUCCACCCUCCAGUAUGCAGCGUCCAAGGAGGAUGCUGCUGCAGUCUUUGCCUGUGUGUCCAACCAUGAGCUUGGCAAACAGGAGACUUACCUGGAACCUUUCACCAUUCACUAUCCAUCUGAAAAAGUCAGCCUACAAGUUUUGUCCAAGGGACCCAUUGUAGAAGGAGAUAAUGUGACAUUGAAGUGUCAUGCUGAUGGCAACCCUCCACCCAGCUCCUUCUUCUUCCACAUCAAGGCCCAGAAAAUGCUGGUGGAAAAUUCGGACACAUACACUUUGAAUGGCAUCAGCCGAGAGGCUGGGGGUGAAUACAAGUGCUCCCUAGCUGCUGAUGAGAAAAUGGAGGCCUCCCGAACAAUCGUUGUUAACUACAUCGACCUGAGUCUUACUCCCACUGGGAAGAUUGUGAAGGUAGUAGGGGACACCUUGCCUGUGAAAAUGGAGAAGAGCACCUCAGGUGACGCUGAUGUGUCAUGGACUAAGAAUGGAAGGGCAGUGAAGGAGCCAGAGUUUGGCAACUUGACCUAUGCUGAUGCAGGAUUCUAUGACUGUGAAGUUUCCAUGGCAGGCCUCAUUAAACGUCAAAGCUUUGAACUGGUUGUAGAAGGAAAGCCUGAAAUCACGAGCCUGAUCCAAAACCGUGUUGAUGAUGCCACAGUUCUGACCUGCGAGGCUGAGGGAGUACCACAACCCAGCUUCACAUGGAGCGCCAAUAGCACAACAGAAGAGAAGAUCUCCUACACCAACGGCAGGGCCACCCACAGAAUCACUCUGAUCCCCAAAGUGAAUCUGACUGUCACCUGCAGAGUCAGCAACAAGCUGGGAGAAGAUAUCAGGACCAUCAGUGUUUCCUCUGAUGUUAAGGAGGAAAGCAAGGAAGAAGAGGACCAGUCUAAAGUCAUAGUGGGAGUUGUGGCAGGGCUCAUCAUAGCUGCUGCCAUGGUGGGACUCAUCUACUGGCUUUACAUGAAGAAUUCAAGACAAGGAAGCUGGAAGACUGGUGAGAAGGAGUUGGGGACAUUAGACGAGAGCAAGAAACUAGAGGAGAACAACCAUAGUGUGUAAGGGCACUCAGAGGUGAACGCUCCCUGUUAAUGUUUCUUUGAGCAAUCCUGCUCAGGCUGUGCAGUGAUGCCUUGGAGUUUUUGGCCACUUCUUCAGGAAUAUUUGUUUGUUUGUUUGUCUUGACUUACAUCAAAUAAUGUAUAUCCUUUGUACACUUUAAUGUAAAUUAACAUUAUGUUUAUGCCCAAGCAGAGCAUGCCAAUGUUUUUUUUAUUGUUUGUUUUUGCAUUUUUCUGCAUUCUGUGUGGAAAGCCUCUCUUUGGCUGUGUUCAGAGAAAUAUACACUUCACUGCUGUAUACACCUACUGGAACCUCCUGACUGAAGUUCUAAGGUUCAUGCUAAAAUAGGUUUGGUGGCCUAUGACUUAUUUAAUACAUCAAUGUUUUUUAUGUCAACCUGUCAUUUUGUAGCUUUACUUUAUGACAGGUCAGGUGUUUUUAUGUAUUUAUAUUGUUUGUGCACCCUCCCUGAAUGGCAACACUACUGUACACAAUCUAAUUAUUUCAUUAAGGAAGGUACCAUCAAGUGUUGAAAAGGUACUGUAUGGUUCGUAUCAAGAGGAAAAUAAAGAAGAAUGCUCAAGUAAUGCGAAUUCAGUGUGGUUUCAACACUUUGUUUAAUGGAAACCUUCAUCUAGUGGGCUCAGAAAAUAGAGAAAAUGGUUAAUUAGCUUCACUUGGCCAUCACUUCUAUAUAUUAUUUGUGAUCAUUCUCUGCUGUAUUAUUAUUUUUAACUCAUUGUGUGAAGGAUAACCCAUACUGGAGACAGUGGUUGAAAUCUGUAGAUUAGAUAAGGUGCAGAAACACUCUGGCUUUACGCCGUUUAAUUUUUGGUACAUCCCACAAUACAACACUCAACUGUGUCAACAUGUUGAUAAGACACUGUUUAAUACAUUUACAUAUUUAUGACCCCAGUUGUUCUGACAGACUUGACAGAAGAAACAUCAACCUUUCACCUCAACCAUUUGCUGAUAUUUCUGAGAAUACUAAUUAUGGUUAUGACUCCUGCUGAUAGAGAUAAGUAGAGUUGUCAUCUGGCAACUCCCUUGUGGUAAUUUAUUCCUAAUGGUACUGGUUUUGUGGUGGUUUAGUUGUGGUUUAGCAAAACUCCUUGACAUGAAAGCAGUAGAUCAGCGUUUCAAAUCUGUUUUCUCAUGACUUCUGUUACUUUUCAUAAAAUCAUGUCAGCAGCAAAACCAAAGAUGGUAAGAUGAGAAGGCCAAGUAAGUUGUAAAAGUAGUGUUGUAAAUAUAGACUAUUUAUUGUUUUCUUUUUUACUGUUGCUAACAAUAAAAUGUACAUUUUGAAACAAAAUGUGUCAUGUC